CGGGAUGUCGGGGUGAGCAAAAUGACAGCUGGUUUGUUUUCAUCAACAAGGGAAAUUUAAAGUAGGCAUUAAAGGCUGCAUCGAGCUGCUGCUGGGGGUCAGACUCAGUGAUACCGAGUCUGGACUGGACGCUGCUACAUGGCUGUUAACAGGCAGUUUGCACCUUUAAUAUCCCAGUUUAAAGCUGAGCCUUUUAUUUGGGGCUGCAAUUGAAAAGGCGGCUGUAGCUGAUUAACUAUUGUCAUGUGGUUAACACCCUGCAAAUCCUCCUCUUUCUGGCCUGUACAGUCACAAUCCUGAAAGUUGGUCAAAGAGGGACCAGCAUUUGUUCUGGGGAGGUCAUCAGCCCUACCAGCCACUCAGGAGUAAAGCAGUAGUGACACUGCCAUAAGACCUGUUUUCAGCCUCCAAAUAGAGAGCUUUGUCUUGUGUAUAAACUGUCAAUACAGAAACAAAAGGGGACAGUGAGCAGUGAUAGUGGUCAAAUUAAGGGAAACAUCACUUCAGCUGAAGGGCAUGGAGCCACCAGAGGAUAAAGAUGGCCGUACCUUCGUGGAGGUGAUGAGUGAAAAGUACAGCCCAGAGAACUUUCCAUACCGCAGAGGACCUGGUAUGGGGGUGGUGGUUGUGCCCACCGCAGGUCCUCAGGGUUCCCCUAUGAAAGAUCGUCUGAACCUGCCCAGUAUGCUGGUGUUGAAUAGCUGUGGGAUCAGCAGGGCAGGAGACCAGGCUGAGAUCGCUGCUUUUUGUGCCCAUGUCAUGGAGCUGGACCUGUCCCACAACAAGCUGCAGGACUGGAAUGAGAUCAGUAAAAUUGUGGCCAACAUCCCAAACCUGGAGUUUCUGAACCUGAGCUCCAACCCCCUGGCAGGAAUGAUCCUCGAACCACAGUGUGCCGCAGCCUUUUCCCGGGUCCGACGCCUUGUCCUCAACAACACUCAAGUGUCCUGGGACACUGUGCUGGUGCUCACUCGGGAGAUACCGGAGCUGGAGGAGCUGUUCCUGUGCCUUAAUGAGUACAGUAGUGUGAGUGCCUCCAGCGUGGCCUGCCCCACCCUGCGGCUGCUUCACAUCACCGACAACAGCCUCCAGGACUGGGCUGAAGUCCGUAAAUUUGGGCCCAUGUUCCCUAGCCUGGACACUUUGGUCAUGGCUAACAACAACUUGGCCUCCAUUCAGGACAAUAAGGAUAUUCUGCAACGGCUCUUUCCCAACCUACGCAGCAUCAACCUGCACAACUCAGGUCUUAACCGAUGGGAGGACAUUGAAAAGUUGACCUUCUUCCCCAAGUUGGAGGAGGUGCGACUGCAGGGCAUUCCUUUACUGCAGGCCUACACCAACGCAGAGCGACGCAGCCUGAUCAUAGCGCAGCUUCCCUCAAUAUCACUACUAAAUGGCAGCGUUGUGACUGAUAGUGAGAGAGAAGAUGCAGAGAGGUUCUUCAUACGAUACUACUUAGACCAACCUAAGGAAGAGCUGCCCUAUAGAUACCAUUCCCUGGUAACCAAGUAUGGGAAGCUGGAGCCACUUGCUGACAUUGACCUCCGACCUCGCUGCCAUGCCCAGGUGGAGGUUCACUGUGAAGAAAAAGUAGAACAGCUGAGCAUCCGUUUAGACCAGACAGUAGCCGAGCUGAAGAAGCAGCUCACAACAGUGGUGCAGCUGUCCAUCAACAGCAUGAGGCUCUACUAUAUUGACAAGGACAGCGCCUUUGGUCCAGAGGAAAUGAAGUACAACACCCGUGCUCUCCACUCCUACAGCAUCCAAGAUGGUGAUGAAAUACUGGUUGUACCUAAGUCCAAAUGAACAGUGCGUGUCCAGCUGACUGAAUAAAGUAACUUUUUGAUUGAUUGAUUGAUUAUAGAAUACUGAAUAUGGAUACUACUGGAUUAUGUGACAUUGCAAAAUAACUGGAAACUGCAACAACUGGAAACUGGAACAGAUUCAGCAGCUCCCUUGUUGGAACAAAGGGAGAUGAAAAUGAUGGGAGUCAUGAAGACUGCACAGUGGACUACAGUGGGCUCCUGGGAGGCUCUGGCUGGAAAAGCAACCAGUUGUGGUUCUUAUACCUUUAUUUAUUUUAGCUUUAUUUGAGGGCAUCCACUGAAGUUAGUGGACAAAUCUCUCACAAUGAAAAACAGAAGAGAGCAACUUGCAGUCACCUGGCAGCUUCAGAAGGGGAGGGCACUGCUCUACCAGCAGAGCUUUGCUGCAGAUCUAUCUCUUAGUACAAGGCAUGUACCAUAGCACCUGCACAGGAAAGUAUCCAACAACACCGUGUGGCCAUUUGUUGCAAAAGCUACCCUGUUCAGUGGUGAGGCAGUGCUGCUGAGUGGAGAGGGAUUCCUCUUCUCAUCUUCACCUUUACUGUACAGUCAGCACAAUGUCAAGCAGCAUCUGUUCAAGGACAAUUCCAGCCUAAAGUACUGUUAAAUGCAGGGGUUGGUCCAUUUUGUUGCUCAGUGAGUUUUUUGUUUUGUAUUCCUGUGGAUAAUUGGCAAUGUUAAAAGAUCACAUUCAGGUUGUUUGGCAAAAUUCCGAGAGAAUCAAAUUGCAUGGGGAGCAGUGUGGUGAUUUGUCAUAGAAUGAGCCGAUUGCUUUGAAUAAUAACCUCUGUGAUAUGGGUUUUCCACAGAGUUCUUUACAUUUACAUUUGCUCUUUCUCCCUCAUCAAACAGUCGAGAAUUUAUGUAUAUGCUAUAUGCUGUUCAUUCCCAACUAGAUCUUACUGAGAAGUCAUUUCUCCAAGUAUGUGCACUGGAGGCUUUAAGUUUCCACAUUACACUUGUUUAAGUCACAUACUGGACCAUGAUUGGCUUCCACAUUAGCUGCUAUGUCACAAAAUCACCUCUUUCUGUACACUUGUUAGCAUCAUGGUGGGAAUUCUUUUAAUGUAAUUCUUUUGUUCCCCCAAUCCAUAGGAACAGUUAGUGUGUUGGUCCAGUCCAGUUAUAAUACAGGCAAGGGAAACACUCUGCAUAUAUCACAGAAAGGAAAUAUUAUCUGACACUUUACAUAAUGCAUUUAGAGCUGCUCUGCCAGGCCAUGGUGAUUGAAGCUGUAGCUGUGGACCUGGUAUUCAUGUAGUUUCUUUUUCACAGAGUGAAUUAAGGAGAGGGACUCGAUUGACUCUUUAAGGACCUUUUUUUUUUUACAGUAAUGGCAGAUCAUGGGAACAUUAAGUAGUUCCAAACAUUAGCAGCAGUGCCAUAGAGGCACAUUUACUUGGCUGCUACCUAAAGCUAAAGAAGUUGAAAUCAGUAGCAGUAAUUAUACUUGACAUUUUAAGUAGCGGCAUGUGUUUUACACAUUUUACAUUUUUGACUGUCUUA